AUGUCCAUGGAGGACCCGUUCUUCGUGGUGAAGGGGGAGGUCCAAAAAGCAGUGAAUACUGCUCAGGGGUUGUUCCAGAGAUGGACGGAGCUCCUGCAAGACCCUUCUAUAGCCACAAGAGAAGAAAUUGACUGGACAACUAAUGAGCUCAGGAACAACCUGCGGAGCAUUGAAUGGGACCUAGAAGACUUGGAUGAAACUAUUAGCAUUGUUGAAGCAAAUCCUCGGAAAUUCAACCUUGAUGCAACAGAGCUGGGUAUAAGGAAAGCUUUCAUCACAAGCACACGGCAGGUGGUCCGGGAAAUGAAGGAUCAGAUGUCAAAUUCAUCCGUGCAAGCAUUGGCUGAAAGAAAAAACAGGCAGGCACUCCUGGGAGAAAGUACAAGUCAGAGUUGGAGCUCUGGAUCAGAUAAAUAUAGCCGUUUGGAUCGAGAGCAGCAAUUAGCAAACUCGCACUUCAUUGAGGAGCAGCAGGCUCAACAGCAGUUGAUUGUGGAGCAGCAGGAUGAGCAGUUGGAGCUGGUCUCUGGCAGCAUUGGGGUGCUGAAGAACAUGUCUCAGCGCAUUGGUGGGGAGCUGGAGGAACAAGCAGUGAUGUUGGAUGACUUCUCUCAUGAGUUAGAAAGCACACACUCAAGGCUUGAUAAUGUUAUGAAGAAGCUUGCCAAAGUCUCUCACAUGACCAGCGAUCGACGGCAGUGGUGUGCUAUUAUCGUUCUCUUUGUUAUCUUACUGGUGGUGCUUAUCCUGUUUUUUGUGCUGUGAUGGACUGACCUCUCUUGAACACUUUUUCCCCUCUUAAAAAAAUGGGGAAAUGAGACUCAGUUUCUGUUUCCGUCCACCCACAGAGAUUCCUGUCAUGAGAACUUGCAUCCGGAUGCUACUGUUGUGUUUUGUGGACUAACACCUGUGGCCUGACUCUUGCAAGCCCCUUCAUUGUCUCAUUUUAAGCCAUCUUGACUUGCCCGAGGGGGAAGAUGGAGGCCUAAAAUUCUUCUGCACCUGAGAGAUACUGCUCUUUGGAUAAUAGGAUCCCUAUCCUGGAUGCAGGGGACUAGCUUUGGACUUUAGAAUAAGGCGGUUUGGAAGGAGUUUACUGCUUAGUAUUUUUCUCUGUUGCAGGUGUGAAGUUUGGAAGCCAUCCUAAACUACCACAUGCUCCUCCAUCCCCUUAUCAAAUGCCAUUCUUGUCAGGUUCAGAAAUAGAACAAUGGUUCCUUAAGAAGUUGUUUAUGGAACCCAUCACCAGCUAACUGUGAAGCACUUCCAAGCUAAGCAGUUGGUUGGUAAGAAGGAAAGCAGGCCCAGGAGUACCAGUGUCAGUAAAUGCAUUCAUUCUUAUUCUAUCUUCACACUGACACAGGGCCAUAAAAAGAUGUGCAGAGGUAGACUGCCUUCCCAGUGGUUCAUAUAUACUUUGCUUCUGAAAAUACUGUAUUGGGAGCAGCAGGCUUUUGAGCAUUAAGUAGUUACUGUAAGGGGAGCAGUGUCUUAUCAUUGCUGAAAUGAAAUCCAGUGCAAAUCAAGUCGAUAAUUAGCAAGUGGGGGACCAGUGCAGGCAAGGGUUACUGGCCCUGUACAUUAGAGUGGUCUUCUAUCAGUAAGAUAAAUGUGACUUCACACAGUGAAAUCCAUUGAACUCUAAUAUGCUAGGAUGAAUCUUGAGCAAAACAUAAGUUUGCAAGACAUCUCAGCAGUCUUAUACAUGACAUGUAUGUGAACUCUACAAACAUUGUAUUGCUGUACCUGAGGCAGCUGCGGUUAAACUCCAGAGCUUUAAUUUUCUGUUUUCAUGCACUGCAAGUUAAAAGUUGGUAAAUACACUCUAGUCUGCAGCUGAACUUUUUUAAAAGCUUUUUUUCCCUUUUCUUCUUUUAAGUUUUCUUGGUUAUACAAGCCUUGAAAAACUCUUUGCCUGAUGCUGUUUUUGCCUUUGUAUACCUGAGUAACUGCUUCCUUUAACAGCUGCUUUCCUUUCUGCAAGAGAUUCUCUUUUUCUUUUUUUUUCUUUUUUUUUUUUUUAACUCAUGGUGUUUGAGAAAUAAACUUUAAAGAUUUUAAAAAUUAUUAGGGCCAUAUUCUCUCCUUAAAUGUGUGUCACUCCCCCUACGUCAAUUGUGUACAUGUAUUGGAGUAGAUUAUGGCCUGAAUGUAUGUUAACACCUACGUAAAUAGAAUGUCUUAAAACAUUUAUUGACUCAGUAUAUUUUGAGAGUUGUUGACAUAAACCAAACGCCAAGAAACUCAAAAGUCAAGUCAGACUUUUGUUCAAUAUUCCCAGUCCUUUGUUAGCUUUGAAUUGCUUACCAGUUUAGUCCUGUUUCAUAUAAUUUUCUCACUUUACACUCAGUGAGUCACUUAUUUAAAAAUACGGGUGGUGUAUAGUAAUACCGGAAUUUUAUCUAGAAUUAUUUGACCUGGCCUUUUUGGACAGAAAACCAAAUAGCACUUUUGGGCUGUAAAACUGAUGAAAGAAAAAUAGGGGGUGGGGAGUGGGGAUUAAGUUCCUUCUACCCCUUCUCAGACCUAAAUAUCUCUAGAAAUGAUUAACACUAUUGUUUGUUUGGUUCUUUUUUAUUUUUAAACUGGGUGUGUGCAUUAGUGCCUAUACACAAUAGACUGGCAACAACUUCAUAGUGCUUCCAAAAAAACAGUGACUUUUCCCCUAGAAUCUUGAAACUCAAAUUUCAGUUUCAAGGAGCCCCCCAGAUUAAAAUCUGUUUUUAUGUUUAACAAGCUAAACAUUCUUCACUGCAGUAUUGUGCCUCAUAGUAGCUCACCUAUUUAAAGGAAACUGAGUUAGUACACAAACCACUUAAAUUAUAAAGAGCAUGGAAAGUAGGGCUGGACUGUUGACUUCAGAAUGGUCAAACUAGGAAGUAGCAGUGCCUAACUGUACCUUAACUUGAUGAUUACAGUCUGCUACACGUAAGGGUAAAAAUGUAUAGGCUUAAUGGGGAAGUUAUUUACCCCUGCCUCUAUUUUAAGGUUCUUUGCUACGUGGUUCUUUGUCACUUUCAAGAUCACCCUUUUACUGGCUUCCCUUGGGUUAGUUUUUCAUGAUUAAAUUACAUUGCAUUAUAAUAUUUUACUGUACCUCUUGGAAGUUAGAUCAGACUCAGUUAUAUAAUCAUGCUUGUGUUUAAUACCUCUCAAAAGGGCAAAUACUCAGUCAUGGACAGCCAGGAAGCUUACUAUGGAACUCCUAUUAAUCAUAGUUGGGACUAAAUCUGUAGACCUGGCAACUGUAUCCUUCAACACACUACAUUUCAGUGUUGCUGUGACAAAAGAGAUCUUGGUUCAAGCGCUCACUGCUGCUGUGAAAAUAUAUUAACCUGUUAUUUUUGUAUUAUAUUUGGAACUGUCCUGUGAAUUGACUUGACUUAACUUUAGACACUGAAGUCAUAAACCUUAUUUCUAGACUAAGAACCAGAGGAGCCGUUUGAAUUCAGUAGGGAGAGGAAGACUCGGCAUCUGUUUCACUGCGUGAUGCUGUAUUUUCAAGGCUGGUUUGGUACAAGGUGGUUGUAUGAGAAUGUGGAAAUAGGUCUUAACUAGGAGUUGCACACCUCAGUUCCUCACAGUGUUUUAAAGGUGUCCUUUUCCAUGUUCUCCAAGAAUGGUUUUUAAUGAGUCUUGAAAAACUGCUUUUAGACUGAAGGAAAUUAAGCAACAAAUAACCAGAAGCCAAGCCAAUAAAAACUUGUGUGCUGGAGCAUAUCUUUAUUGCUGCUUGUUACUA